CUAAAUUCAUAAACAGUUUACAUCAGAAAAAGUUCCAAAAUGGGCGCCAAAAUAUCCUCAAAGAAGCUGCAACCUAAAACUAUCAACGAACUCCAACAUCACAUUGAUGUAGACUUUACAAAGGAUGAAAUUCAAGAUUGGUACAAAGACUUCGAGAAACAUCUUGGCCAAGGUGAAACUGCUCUUUCAAGGACAGCAUUCAUUAGAGUCUAUAACAGCUUGUUUGAUGGUGAUGCUUCAAUAUUUGCUGGACAAGUAUUUCGUACCUUCGAUGUAGACAAUAAUAAUAUGGUUGAUUUUAAGGAGUUUAUUCUGGGAUUGUGUAUGUCUGGAAGUACAGACCCCGGUGUAAAACUGAAAUGGGCUUUUAGUAUGUAUGACAUUGAUCAAAAUGGCUAUAUCUCUCAGGAUGAAAUGAACCAUAUUCUCAAUGCUGUAUGCAAAAUGACAAACAGUCGUUUACCUGAAGAAUUUACAUCAAUAGAAAAUAUGACCAAAAACAUUUUUAAUGUUCUUGAUAAAAAUUCGGACAAUCAGAUAAGCCUAGAUGAGUUUAUAGAGGGAGCCGAGAAAAUCCAGUUUGUGAUUGACAUACUGCAGUGUGAUCCGGCGCCAGAUACGUAAACUUUCAAAGAUUUCACAUCAAAUACUCUCAGGUAUAAAGUGCUUUCAGGACCCUUAACCCUUAAAAGGAUUCUGUAAUGGGAAGGAUUCAUGACUUCACAGCGAUAUUAAAACAAAAAGUCAUGUUUAGUCAUUGGUUAAUUUUAUCUGGGAUUUUGUAAAUAUAUAUAUAUACAUGGUCUCAGUCUUUAAGUACAAUGAAUUUCCAUUAAAAGCUGAAACAUGAAACAUUGUGGAAAUGAUGUAGAUAAAGAUAUUCAGUAUCGGAUGAAACAUCAUAACAACAGAAUUACUUAUAAGACCGAGAUGCAAAUGAAAUGUUUUGGUCAUUUAGUUAUUUUAGCAUUAAUGUAGAAUAAAGGAAUUAUAAUAAGGAAA